AUGGAUCUCUUUUGUGAAGAUAUAGAAAACGAACGUUUGCACUUUCCUAACUUAAAUACUGUUUUUGAUGACGCUGAAGAUAAUAAUGAUAUUGACCUCAAUCAGUUCAUUAAUUUUAUAAAGAAACUUAAAUCUGAAUUUGAAGAUAGAUUUACUGAUUUCAAAAAAAUUGAGAAUGUAGUGCAAAUUUUGAAUAAUUGUUUUUAUUUACAUCCCAACGGCUUAUGGAGUAGUGAAGCCACAAGCGUUUUUGGCUCCAAUAUAAAGUUGCCCUACAGAUGGAGAUAA